AUGGAGACGAAAACGGUGCUCGACGGAUAUUUGCGUAAAGCCGUCAACCCGAACAACGACGAUCUGGAUGUGUCGGCGAUUGAUCAGUUUUGUUUGACGCUGAAGAAGGACCCCUCGAAAAUGUCCACGGCCCGCGAGCUGCUCGUGAACCGAAUCCAGUCGACAAACGCGAAAGAAUCGUUGCUGGCGCUAGAGGCCCUAGAAGAGUGUAUGGAGUCGCUGGGUCGCGAGUUCCGUUCAGAGAUCAACAAGUUUCGGUUUCUGAACGAACUGAUUAAGAUGGUGUCGAAGAAGUACAACGGUGACCAAACACCGCGCGAAGUUUCGGAACGGAUCUUGAACAUUAUGCUGACGUGGACCAACAAGUACGAUCCGUGCGAGUGUGAUAAAAUACAGGAAGCAUACAGUUUGCUCGCCACCCAGGGCAUUCAGCACCGUUCGCAGCAGAACGUGAUUAUCCGGAAUUCGGCCACGGCAGCGCCACGACCGAGCAGUGACGACCGGAACCAAACUUCCGAUAAGCACCAGCAAAAGCUUCGGCAGCUUAUUAGCAGCGGCAAACGCGAAGAUUUCGAGAAAGCAAAUCUUCUAAUACAGAACUUUUACCGCGACGAGGAACGCAGGACGCAGAUGAAGAGUCGCCGGUUGUCGGAGCUGCAGAAGGUGGCCGAAAACACGAAGCUGCUCGAUGAGAUGCUCGAUCAGUACGGCCGGACGGCAGGCGAAACGUCCGACGAUGACCUGGCGGUACUCAACGAGAUCUAUGAAUCGUGCGAAAGUGCCCAUCCGACGAUCGUCCGACUGGCGGAGGAAACGCAACACUGCGAGGAAAUGCUCGUUGAGUCCCUUGAGAAUGGCAGCAAAAAUGUAGGAAAUUUCUGGAGUUUAGCUAGCGAAUUUGGGAAAAUAUUCGAGGUAAACGAUGCGCUGACGCAGGUGUUGGACAAGUAUCGCCAAAAAGUCCUAAAUCAACCUUCAGCAGCAGCAGAAAAUGGCGGUACGUUUGCAUUCCGGUAUACACCGAAUAUCGUUGGGCCCGAUCCGCUAGACACACUGUUCGAUGUGUCCGAAGACGGGACAGCAGGGAUCUCAGGAGCUGGUGGCAGUAAACCGACAGCUGACCGUACGAAAUAUGACGACAUUCUCAGUGAUAUAUUCACGUCGAGCAGCGGUGACUCUGCUGUGACCGCGCUCGGUCACACAAGUCAAAGUAUUCUCAUGCCCCAUUCACUAGCCGCAGCAGCGUCACUUGGUCCUUCUUCCGUUAAGUCCGAGGGCACAUCGAAUUCGAAAGAUCAUCUAAUGGACAUUAACACGCUCUUGAGUAGCAUUAGUAGUGGUGCCGGUACGAUGGCAGGCGGAAAGAUCGUUCCCGGGAAACCCGUUCCAUCGGAUUCAGUCGCAAAAGGUCCUGUACCAGGGGCACAGAACAGUUCUAACAGCGUAAAGAAUGGUCCCAGCGGAGCAUCGUUUGGAACCAAAUCCAUUCCGGAGCUUGAUUCUAUCAUUACUGGAAUGAAGGCAACACUCCUUUCAACGCCAGCAGCCACAGCGACGGUCGUUAAAAACGCGCAUGAAGAAACUGAAUCAACAAGUGAACCCAACGUGACCGAUUCGGUAGCUACAGAAGAGGAUGAUCCUAUUUUGGCACCUCCGAACUUUUUGGUGUCGGUUCCAGCUACCCCGGAUGUUGGAAAACCACAAGAACUUAAAGCCCUAGCCGACAUUGUGAUCGAUCUCGACAGUAUUCAACCGAGUAAGGAACCCUCCCGGACAGUACUAGAUGAUAAGGAGGGACUGCAGAUUACGCUUAACUUUGGCGCCGAUCACCCGAGACCGGAUGUGACGGUGAUUGUGAUUUCAACCAUCAAUCAGGGUCGCACCGUCAUUCCGAGCUUCCAGUUUGAUGCGAGUGUGCGAAAGCCAUGCAAAUUGCGCCUACUGCCACCGUCGGCCACCAGUCUGCCGGGUACCAAACCGUUCCGACCACCGGCCGAUGGUAUCACACAGGUGCUUCUGCUGGCUAAUCCAACCUACGAGCCAGUAGAUUUGACCUGUAUCCUGACGUACCUGGUGGGAGACGAUCCGGAUCCGAUCAAGGAAUCGAUCGUAAUGGAGGCGGUUCCAUCGUUGCGAGACUAACGUCGUGGCGCAUGCACCCGUAAGAGUGAAGCUAAUCGAGAGAUCCUGUGAUUCGCGACAGUGAUGAAAUGUCCCCAGAGACCCGAAUUGGACAAUUAAGAAGAUUUUACUUAAGGACGUAGCAUUCCCGUGUCGUGCAGUGCGUGGCAAAGCUAAGAAGAUUAUAAAAAGGAACUCAGCUACGGAGCCUAUCGAAUGAAUUGUUGAUGAAGCACAGUUCGCGGUCACGGUACCACGGACCGUAAUAGGAUCGAGAGGUUAUAGGAAUUAUACACAGAGAAUAGUCAGUGCUGUAAAACCAAAAUUAAACAAA